AUGCACCAUUCCCCCCCGAAGCCGCCCGCCGGUGGUCCCGCUCGCGGUGGGGCUCCUGAGGCCGACUCCCGCAGGAUCGCAUCUACACAGUCCCCUCGGCAGAGGAAUCCCAAAGAUGAACGUGCCCGCCACAACCAACCUGCCCCGCACCCACCCAAAGGCAUCAACGCGUCGGAGAAUCGCGACGGGUCUUCGAGCCACCGACAUGUGGCUAAAGAGCUGCAGGGCGCCCAGCAGAUAUCGAAGGCCUCCGUUCAUCCUACAGAAACUGUGCGCUGCACGACCACUCCCAUUGGCGCCCCAUAUGCAAAAGAAUACGCUAGCGGGCCCGGCGCGGGGAUGAAAGGAGGAUCACGCUCUACGCGCGUGGUGAUGAGUGCCCAACCCACAGACACGGCCCUUACCGCUACACUUUCGAACGCGGCACCCGCCAAGUCCACUACCACACCAAUCAUCCCAGCUGGUACGCCGUCGAAGACGCACGCCCCUCGUGUGACCCCCUCCCCGAAAUUGCGCCGGACACCUGUGGUUGAUCCCUCAGCGUCGACAACCACGUCCACACCCAAGGCAAGCUUCAGCGGCACGCCCAAAUCGCGUCCCCCCACCUUGCCCCACGCCGAUGAGCAGACCCCACAUCGCGCCCCAGUACCGACUACUACUGCAGCGCACAGAUCCGCACGGAUGAGCGAUGAGGAAAUUGGGAAGAUUCUUAAAGAGCACAUGGAUAACUGCCACACAAAGCUGGAUCAUCUCGCCGAGAUCUUACAAAAUCGCAGGCCAUUCACUCGCGAAGACGCAGCACGGUCCGGUGCGGCAAAAGCUAAGCUGAAGGCUGACCCCGAGGCUGCUGCCGCCGCCCAACAACCACCCGCUACCUCCCAGUCGUCUCCAUCAGCAGCGACUCCGCUAGUCCAUGCGAAAUCUUCAACGGCACGGGCUGAAAACUCGUCGCAAGCAGCGGGGACAAAGACUCAACCCCCACGGACAACACCGCGUCCGACCAGGGAUUCUAAUGCGCCAUCACGCGUAGGGAGGCCGCUUCCGAGCGACGCACGCCCGGCCGCUCAGUCCACUGCUGCAGUCAAGCUUGCUCCCGCUGUGGCGCAUUCUCCGCCUCGAGCCUUGUCUGACGAUGGCUCGAGCUCUGUCUCGCAGUCCAGCUCACAAGCAACCAUUACCCCCGCCCGCGCGGCCAAACAGGCGGCGGCCGAAUUGAUAGGGAGGGCUAACAUACAUGCCUGGUGCGAUGCGAUUCCAGAGAAUGCUUGCUCUCCGUCAGCUCCACCAUCGUCGGUUGGAAAGAUCGCGACGAAUGCGCUGUCUGACAUUUCAGAGCGCUCCGAUCACUCAACGCUGAUACAGGCGGCACCGAAGGCCCCCCAGACGAGUGCACAGUCCCCGCGCGCGCCAGUGGCGGCAGCUGCUGCCAAGCCGACUCCUACGACAGAACCUCGGCUCAGCCAUCUCCCAACGCCCGCCACCGCACCAAGACCUACCGCAAGACGAGCCUCUGCCACGCCUCCGCCUGCCCCGAAGGCUGUCCCGCACCCAGCGGUGCGCCCAAACCCGCCUACUGCGCAGGUGCCACGUCUGAAGACCGUUGGUACUCAAACCACACCUCCCGCGCGCCCUCCACUCCCUCCCACCCGUUCGACGCGCGACAUCGCCACAUCUACGGCAUCGGCGCCUCCCUCGACAAAGUCAUUGAAGGGGGGAGAUCUUCCGCCCUCCAAACAUGUACCGUCAGAGGCUACGAAGCGGAGCCCUCAAAUGAGGCGGAUUCUGCCGUCAACUUUGUCUGAAGCCACGUCGACAAACAGCAUGUCCCCGAAGAGUACCACGCAUACCGCGAAGAGCGAUGAAGCUCGUUCCCAACGAUCUCAGUUCAUCAUGCUCGUCGACCCCCGCGUUCCAGGAAGCCCCCGUAAAGCUGCGUACGCGGACGUCGUCAUCCAGCAGCAGCUCUGCUCUCAGUCUUUCCCCGGCUCCAUCUACUCCCUCGCCGGCACAUCCGAAUCCCCCUUCCGCCCGCACAGCAAAGCAGCCCUCGCCACCCGACGCAGCAUCUAUUCAUCUAGCCCCCACCUCACCCAUCGAAAGGUCGCGACCGAGGGUGCGGAGAGCAAGGCUGCGCCGCGACGCAAGGUAGAAGUCGCCGCCGGUGGGUCUGUUGAAAAGGCUCGGUCCCUGAACGCGACGACACCGCAACCGCGUCCAACCCCGACGCCGAGCCAUCGUAGUUCCCUGGUCUCGAACAUGGACUCCGCUGCCAUGCCUCCCUCCGUCAUGGAUUCCGAAUGUGGCCUUGUCACUCCCCCUAUCCAGGCGUCGAACACUGAAGUGGUGUCUUCGAAGGUGGGGAAGGUUUCCUCUCCGAAGCACGUCCGACCGUCGACGGCCAAUGCCGCCUGCGCGUCUACGGGCAUGCCCGUGAAAGAGGUCGCCAAACGUCUGGCGAGGCUAUCUAAGGCGGAUACCGUGGUAUCGGAGGUCGCGUCUAUCGACCACGUACUGCCCCCUCUUCCGCCGCUCCCUUCCCUCCUGGUCUCUGGGAAGCCCUCUUCCUCUGGCACAAGGGCUACCACUCUCAGCGCGAAAGGAAAAGAACGUGCCCGCGACCUAUCGCCGGAACGCUCUUCGGCAGCGCCCUCGGAAGGCCACUCCGUCGUUGGGACUGAGACGUCGUGCGGUGGCAGUCCACCUCAAUUCGCUCUUCAGCAGUCCCCCGCAGCAGCAGCAUCGUUCGUCUUGGACCUUGACAAUUGGAGCGAGUCGCCCAAACUGAUUACCGCGUUCGAAAGAGGCGUGGAGGAGGACACUGACAACGACGACGACUACGACGACUUGGUCUACCGCUCACUACCGUCGAACCUGAUCCUCCGAGCACCCACUAGGCCGCUUCCGUCUGCACCCUCACGCGCGUCGUCCGACUUUGCUGCGGAGAGCUUGAAGGCCCUGAACGAGAGCACAGCUCAGCUCGAUCGGCAGCAUAGCGUCGCGCUGAGACAACCGGAGCCCCGGCCCCAGCCAUUGAAGUCGGCUAUGAAACCCCGCCCGCAGGUGGUUAGCUCCGCGCUAGGAGAACCAUACGAUCUUGUCGACGCCGCGGGAGCCUCUAGCAGUAGGGCAGUCCGCUUCGACGCCGCCUCCCCGAGAAGCUCGUCGUCGUCGACUUCCCCGCCAUUUCAGCAGAGCGGGGAGUCUCCGUCAUCAGUGCCGUCAUCCCUAGGCAUCGAGGAGCCCAGCGAGGAGUCCCCGCCACGAUACUCCUCGUUGUCAAUUCUGCGAGCGCCUACGCGCGGUCCCCUCGCCGCUGCUGCUGCCGCCGCUAUCGACACACCCCUACUUGUGUCCGGCGAAAAGGGGCGCAGCCAGGCCGAUGCUUCUGAACAGUUGCAGUCGCAGCUGCGCCGCGCGCGCAGUGUUCCCGGGCCGUUCCUCUUCCGCGACUCCCCAAAGCUGCAGCAGAUCAGAGAGACACAAAGGAGCGGCGGGAUGUAUGCGAACUAUAUCGGUUCACGCUCUGCGGCGUCGCUACGCAAUCUGGACUCGCAUUUGGGGCAACCCCUUGCAGCCACGGAGAUACCGCAACCGGGGCCGUCGGCCGCGAGCAAGCUGUGGCAGAAAGCCAAGAACGGCUUUGGGCUCGGAGCGAAGAAGGCGCAGCCGCCCCAGAUUCGGUGGGUGGUUCCUCCAGUCAAGACUGUGCCCCCCGAACCCGAAGUCCGUCCCGAGUGGCCGAGAGAGAAGGUUUCAUUGCUGUUGAGGCCCAAAUCAUAA